UAUACACAUAUAUAUUUCAAGUAGGCACUUAAGCUUAAAAACACAAAAUAGGACAAAGAUUUUAUUUUGUAAUAAGCAAAGAUAUACUUCAUUAAAAAAUAUGACUGUAAAAGAAUGUUAAAAUAGGACUCUGAUCCUAAAAUCAGAUGAGGUCCCAAGAAUGUAGUGGACUACUUUCCUGUAUCAGCUAAGUAAACCCUUUGGAGAGAACCAGACAAGGUUCAAAGAGGGUCCUCUGGAGUGGCCCUCAUACAUAUAAGGGCCUCACAGGUGUAGCAUUUGAGGGCUAAAUUAUAUGUAACCACUAGAAAUGCAUUGUCUGACUAAUAGAAGGAUAGUUAGAAGUUUCCAGUGCGCUAUUUCAUAAAAGCCCACAGAAGUACCUCGUAAGAUAGAGUCAACGCUAAAAACGUGCCAAUCUCUGAACCAAUGACAAAUCUUAACAGUCAAGUUAAGUAAAACUUUUUCUUUCAAAAUUCAACCCUUUGAAAUUUUACAGCAAUUGUGGAGAAUUGUCUGUAAGGAAGAGAGAUUUGCAAAUGCCCACUAUUUAACCAGACUAACAGUCUUUGUUUUUAUUAGUUUUUUCUAUUUGGUAAUAUCAUAGAAACCCAAAACAAAUGGAAUUAGAAACUCUACCCUAUCAAAGAACCAAAGACACUCUUAAAAUUAUAAUAUGAUAAAAGCUAUAUUUUAUGGUCUGACUCUAAGCUUCCUAGGCAGUUUUACCAGGAUGAUUACAGCAAGUUCAUACAGAAAUAGAGGAAUCACUUUUCCGCCUGUGGACACCACCGAAGAAGCUUCAUUAAAGUUUCUCUUCACCCUGCCGUCAUGUCUAAGUCAGAGUCUACUAAAGAGCCCAAUCAGCUGAGAAAGCUCUUCAUUGGAGGCUUAAGCUUUGAAACAACUGUUGAGAGCCUGAGGAGCCAUUUCAAGCAAUGGGGAAUGCUCAUGGACUGUGUGGUAAUGAGAGAUCCAAACACCAAGUGCUCCAGGGGCUUUGGGUUUGUCACAUGUGCCACUGUGGAGGAGGUGGAUGCAGCCAUGAAUGUAAGGCCAUAUGGGGUGAAUGGAAGAGUUGUGGAACCAAACAGAGCUGUCUCAAGAGAAAAAUUCUCAAAGACCAGGUACCUACUUAACUGUGAAAAAUAUUUGUUGGUGGCAUUGAAGAAGACACUGAAGAACAUCACCUAAGAGAUUUUGAACAGUUUGGAAAAACAGAAGUGAUUGAAAUCAUGACCAACUGAGGCAGUGGCAAGAAAAGGGGUUUUGUCUUUGUAACCUUUGGUGACCAAGACUCCGUGAAUAAGACUGUCAUUCAGAAAUACCAUACUGUGAAUGGCCACAACUGUGAAGUUAGGAAAGCCCUGUCAAAGCAAGAGAUGGCUAGUGCUUCAUCCAGCCAAAGAGGUCGAAAUGGUUCUGGAAACUUUGGUGGUGGUCGUAGAGGUGGUUUCAGUGGAAAUGGCAACUUUGGUCAUGGAGGAAACUUCAGUGGUCAUGAUGGCUUUGGUGGCAGCUGUGACAGUGAUGGAUAUGGUGGCAGUGGGGAUUGCUAUAAUGGAUUUGGUAAUGAUGGAAGAAAUUUUGGAGGUGGUAGAAGCUACAAUGAUUUUGGCAAGUACAACAAUCAGUCUUUAAAUUUUGGACCCAUGAAGGGAGGAAGCUUUGGAGGCAGAAGCUCUGGCCCCUAUGGUGGUAGAGGCCAAUUCUUUGCAAAUCAUGAAACCAAGGUGGCUAUGGUGGUUCCAGUAGCAGCAGUAGCUAUGACAGUGGCAGAAGAUUUUAUUUAGGAAACAAAGCUUAGCAGGAGAGAAGAGUCAGAGAAGUGACAGGGAAGCUACAGGUUACAACAGAUUUGUGAACUCAGUCAAGCACAGUGGUGGCAAGGCCUAGCUGCAUACAAACAAGACAUGUUUUAGAUAAAUAUGUAUAUGGGCAAAAAACUCGAGGACUGUAUUUGUGACACAAAUACUCAUGUGUAUGGGCAAAAACUUAAGGACCAUGGUUUUAAUGUAGAUUUUUUUUUUUUUUGCACCCAUGCUGUUGAUUGCUAAAUGUAAUAGUCUGAUUGUGACAAUGAAUAAAUGUCUUUUUUUUUAAUGUGCUGUGUAAAGUUAGUCUACUCUGAAGCCAUCUUGGUAAAUUUCCCCAACAGUGUGAAGUUAGAAUUCUUUCAGGGUGAUGCCAGGUUCUAUUUGGAAUUUAUACACAACCUGCUUGGGUGGAGAAGCCAUUGUCUUCAGAAACCUUGGUGUAGUUGAACUGAUAGUUACUGUUGUGACCUGAAGUUCACCAUUAAAAGGGAUUACCCAGCUGGGCGCGGUGGCUCACGCCUGUAAUCCCAGCACUUUGGGAGGCUGAGGCGGGGGGAUCACGAGGUCAAGAGAUCGAGACCAUCCUGGUCAACAGGGUGAAACCCCGUCUCUACUCAAAAUAUAAAAAAUUAGCUGGGCAUGGUGGUGCGUGCCUGUAAUCCCAGCUACUCAGGAGGCUGAGGCAGGAGAAUUGCCUCAUGGAGGCAAUUUCCUCCAUGAACCCAGGAGGCGGAGCUUGCGGUGGGCCGAGAUUGCGCCAUUGCACUCCAGCCUGGGUAACAAGAGCGAAACUCUGUCUCAAAAAAAAAAAAAGG